GCUCAGUCAGAGCAGUGCGCGACGCAGCGACAGACGCACCCAUUCUCUCUCUUCCUCUCUUCACGCACGCACGCACACACACACAUGCUCAUGCACGCAGACGGCAACUUUCCUCUAUUGGACUGACAACACACUCGCCAGGAUAGACACAGUCCCCUUACUACAGUGGAGAAGAGGAUAACGAGUGACAGAUCUGAAAAAAAGAAAUACAGAAAAAGAAAGAGGUUCCCAGGUGAAGAGGAGGAACGUGCUGACAUUUUGCCCUGUUGGAGAUGGCAAACCUUGUGACAUCGUUGUGCUGUGUAGUUCUGGCUGCAGUGGUGGUAGCCUACGCUCAAAGACGCAGUCAACUUGUUGCUAGGAACCAGUAUGGGCGAAUAGGCAGUGAUGUCACCAUGCAGUGUGGCUCCCUGGACAAUGAUGCAUCGGUGUCAUGGAAGGUGAAUGGGACAGAUGUGAGGGCCCAGCACCAUCUAGAAGGUCCCAGACUGAUCCUGACUGAGGUGGAUCUGAGUCAUACUGGACUGUACAGCUGUUUUCAGAACCCCCAUGGUGAGAGGCGUGACACCAUCUAUCUUCACAUUGGGAUUCCCCCUCGGGAGCCUACUGUCACCUGUAGGUCCAACACCUACCCCAAAGGUUUUUACUGCAGCUGGCACCAGCAGCAUUCAACAUACAUCCCCACUACCUUUGAAGUAGACGUACAAUAUAAUCAGCGUUCACUGGAAGUGAUGAAAGACUCGGUCCACAAGAACCGAUGCCAUGUACGCUUCCCAGAGGUCUUCUCCAGCAUCCCCUACAAAGUUAAUGUAACAGCAAUCAAUGCCUUGGGGAAAGCUUCCACCACUGUCUCCUUUGAAGAGUCCAAUAUAGUAAAACCAGACCCCCCGGAGCGUGUGACCGCACCCCCGAUCCGUUUCAACCCUCGGAGGCUGGAGGUAUCCUGGCACAGCCCUGCUACCUGGCCUGACAUAGACACCUUCCCUUUAAAGUACUUCCUUCGAUAUCGGCCACUCAUCCGAGAGCAGUGGCAACAUGUCGAACUAUCUGAGACCACUUCCCAUAACAUCACUGAUGCCUACGCUGGGAAGGAGUACAUCAUUCAGGUGGCUGCCAAGGACAUAGAGAUUGGAACAUGGAGUGACUGGAGUGUUGCUGUCCAUGCUACACCCUGGAUUGAAGAACCUGUGCCAAUUGUUUCUACAACUGAAGUGGACUUUCAUACCGAGACUAAGACCUCCCCCAUCCCAUCCUCCAACGCACCACAGAAGGCUGAACCUCCAGUGGGAAGAGCUGCGAGGGUCAUCACAUUUUUCUCCCCAUUGCUGUUAGGAAUGCUGCUGCUGCUGCUUAUGUGAUGUGAACGUCUUAUUGCUGAAGGCUGAUGUGAAGUAGGAGGAAAAAGAAGAAGAAGGAGGCUGGUAUUUUUUUUUUCUAUUUUGCACAUGUUUCAAGGAUACAGUGCAUUGAUCAUUUCUGUCCAUCACACAGUUACUCUACAAAAUUAUUUAGACAUGACAUCAGACGAUGAUGAUGCGUUUCAGCAUUUUUAAUCAAUUUGAUUUUGGUGACAAUAAAAGAAAAUCUACAGAGGAACUUUUGGAAAUCUUCAUCGUCAUCAUUACCAACAGCAACAGCAGCAACACGAGCAGCAAAGACCACAACAAGAUAAUUGUCUUGCAUCACCCCCCCGGUGGAUUACAUGAGCCACUUUAAACUGAUUUGUUCAGUCUGGUUUGGGAGGCUCCUUUUCGACAACAGAAUCAAGGCCUCAGCUGACCUCACUUUUUACCUUUUCUGUUCCUUUUUGUAAUCACUUUUUUCUUAAGUCGCCGUGCAGUGUAGUACACACACAAAAACACACACACAUAUAUAGGGCACGUGCAUUUGUGUGUAUACUUGCAGCCCCUUAUACAGCUUAAUCAUCAUGCCAAAGACUCCACUACACCCCCCCCAACAAAGUGGUUCACACUCAAUUCAUUGAGCUUCCUGAAGCCUGUGCCUGUCUUCAUCAUGGGAUGAAAACCCCAGAAAGUUGGGUGUGCACGCGUGUAUGUGUGACACCUAAUGGAUACUGAAGCCCAUUAUGGAAAUCAAACUGGGGGAAAAUCUGAGGAACCCUGCAGCCCCUGUUUAUGUCAACCCACCAGUUAACAGAGAAGCCACAAAAAUGUUCAAUCAGACUCUGCACGCCUCCAACAACUGACGGAGCAAGCUGUUUUUUUUUUUGUUUUGUUUUUGUUUUAGUUUCGGUUUUUUGUUAUUCAGCAAGAGGACUAACACUUUGGAGAAUUCAAUAACUGUAGUCUGGCUUAUUUACACAGUUAGCUUUACAUAGAGCUUUGAGCAACGGGCAAGGACGACAUGAAUUGUAAAAAAAAAAAAAAAUUAAUUAAUUAAAUGAAAUAAAAUGGAUUUGAGACUGAACCAUUCUUUUUCCACCCUUUGGUUGUUGGUUUGAUUUUGUAUUGAUGGCAUCAAAGCUGAUUAUUGGAACACUGAUAUAAGCUAUGUUGGUUUUCCAUUCUGCUCUGUGCUGUAAAAUACAAUAACACAAAUCAGUUUGCUUUAUGACUUCUGACGCCUUUACAAACAUUAGAAAUGUCUUUCUGCAGUUUACAUUUCAAUAGCCAAUAUCAGUUACCAGUUAAUAUUAUGUUAUUCAAAGAAUCUUGAAGUGUUUAUUGUAUUUUUUAUGGACAAAUAAUAAAAAGACGCAUAUAGGAUUUUA